AUGCCUCCGGUUCACAAAUCAAGGAGCCGCAGUCCUGAACCAGUAAAUGGUUCAGAAAGAAAACGACACAGAAGUAGCAGCAGUAGUAGUAGUUGUGACAGUCAAUCCUGGAGCCCACCAACUAAAUCUUUUAAAAGCCGCAGAUCCCCAUCCACAGAAAAGAGAGAGAAGAGGCAAUCCAAAUCCAGAGAAAGUUCUAGAGAUCAGAAUGGAUUUAUGCACCAAAAUGGAACUCGACAUGCUCGAUCAAGAUCAAGGGAUCGAACAAGUAGAUCUCAUCAUGGAUAUUAUGAUAAAACUAGACCUGAACACUAUGAGAAGGAAAUGGAAGAACUGCUUCGACAAAGACAAGAAGCUUUCAAUGCAAGGAGGCUGAAAGAACGCGAGCGGAUUGGAGAGCUUGGUGCGCCUGAAGUUUGGGGACAGUCUCCUAAAGUUCCUGAACCAGAUUCUGAUGAGCAUACACCAGCAGAGGAGGAAGAAGCUCAGAGCAGUAGUAGUUCUGACUCCAUUGCAGAAGUAAAAAAGAAGAAAAAUAAAAAAAAGAAAAGUAAGAAUAAGAAGAAAUCUGCAAAGAAAAAACACAAGAAACAUUCAGAAGAAAGUGAGACUGAAUCAGAGAGUGAUUCUAGUGAUGAAGAUGAGAAGAAAGCAAAAAGGAAGAAAAAACAGAAACACAAAAAGAAAAAAUCAAAAGAAAAAAAGAAGAAGAAAAGGGGCAAAAAGUCAUCCACUGACUCGAGCAGUGAAGAAUCUGAAGAUGAUUAUAUGCACAGUGAUGAUCUCUGGGUGGAAAGAUCAAAUGUUAGAGAUGCUGAUGCUGUUCCAGUUGGACCAGAAGCACCAAUAACCCAUUUAUCUCAGGAUGAUAAACCUAUGAAUUAUGGCCAUGCUCUACUGCCAGGUGAAGGUGCAGCAAUGGCAGAGUAUGUUAAGGCUGGAAAACGUAUCCCUCGAAGAGGUGAAAUUGGCUUAACCAGUGAAGAGAUUGCAGCAUUUGAAUCAGCUGGUUAUGUAAUGAGUGGUAGCAGGCAUCGCCGAAUGGAGGCUGUGCGUCUGCGUAAAGAGAACCAGAUUUAUAGUGCUGAUGAAAAGAGAGCACUUGCAUCUUUUAACCAAGAAGAGAGAAGGAAGAGAGAAAACAAGAUUCUGGCCAACUUUAGAGAGAUGGUGUACAGGAAAACAAAGAGCAAAGAAGACAAAUGAAAAUUUUCAAAAUCUGAAGUCCAUACGCAGACAAUGUAAUCAAAAAGACAUUGCGACUGUUUUAUUUCCUAGAAUUAUUUUUUUAAUUAAACAUCACAGUAAGAGCUAAAAUGCAAAGUAAUGAGAAUUUCAGCAUUUUGACUUUAGUUGUAUACAAGUAUAAGUUACUAUUACCCCUUUUGUUCAUAUUGUGUUCUAUUUGAAGUAUACAACAAUCUUUUUAGCUGUUUCUUAUUUUUGUAGUCAUCAUUUUAGACACUACCAUAUUCUGUGAUUUCCCAUUCCUUUCAACAAUUUGCAUUGUUUACCUAGUUAUCAUUUUUCACUAUCUAUUGUUGUAUCACUGUUCCGUUGUAAUAUGUUUUCUCCAUCCCUUGCUUAGUACAUUUAGGUUAGCAUGUCCUGCAUAUUUAGCAUUUGAUCAAUGUAGUCUUUGUGUUCCAUUCUGUUUAUAGGGAAUACAAAAGCCUUGAACUUA